AUGUUAAAUUCUACGAUAAGAAGUUCCUUGUUCUCAAGAAAUUAUGGUGUGUUGAACUCCAUUAGAAAUUACAGACCAGGAAGGCCAAAGAAAACUGUAUCGAAAUAUGUUCAAGUACAAUUAUUACAGGACAUACCACAUGUUGGGGUCAAAGGUGAAAUCAAACUUGUUAAACCAGGGUUUAUGAAGAAUUAUUUAUAUGUUGCUAACAAAGCAUGUUAUGUAAAUGCAAAUUGUCCGCCAAAAAUACCUGUUGUUGAACCUGAGGUAGAAGCCAAGAAAGAAAAAGUUAAAAAGACAAAACCAGAAGAAGAAACUGUUAACGAAAUUGUCGAAAGUGCUGAAGAGACAGAGCCUACAGCCAUGUCAUUGGAAGAAUUGUCGUCAUUAUUUAGUUCCAUGAAAAAGACAUCUACUAAAAAAUCAUCAAACAAAGUAGAUAAACAAGACUUGCAAGUACAAAUCAGUGAUUUGAAAUCAGAUAUCGCUAAUGAUGCUGGAGGAAACUUUGUCCACCCAGGACAAGAACUCGAUGACACCAAAUUUGAUAAGAUCUAUGAGAUUUCCGACAAAUUACCAAAAUUAAUAACUAUCGAUGCUAAAGAAUUGCCUUUUGGCAAAGAUGUGGUUGUGCAAACCAUAACAAAAUUAACUGGCGAAUCCCUUGAUGGGGAAAUUGCUGUAUCUUAUUUAGACACACCAGAAGAAACGUUAUCGGAAAUAACAGAUGUUGGUAGAUAUCAAAUUAAACUCAUAUCCGCAGAUGGAAAAGAUUUUGUUUUGCAAACAUUAGAUAUUGAAGAAGUGUCAAAGUAA